AUGGCGGUGGCACGACUUCCGACGAUGACAGCGGCCUUGAGCCUGCUUGGUCUUUCUGCGCUCUGGCCGGUCCCCGCCGCAGCCCAGGACGGCGGCUACUUUUCACCCACCUAUGCGUCCUCUGCCCAGGGCUCUCCCUAUCGCGACGUCUACUCCCGAACCUUCGGAUCGGCGACAGCCGCCCCUGAAGCCCUGCAGACCCCUCGUGCCGCCGCGCCAGUGGCCGCCUCCGGCCCCGCCGGUGAGGUCGUCUUCGUCAUCGACAGCAAGGGGCUGGCCACGUAUCGCGCAGACGAUUACGCCGGCGGUCGUGGCGAUGCGAUUGCGCGCGGAGCGGUUCCGCCGAUGCCGGAAACGGCAACCAUCGCCGGGGCCGUGCCGCAGGUCCCCACCGUUGCGGACAACCUCUACCUGCGGCCGCCGCUGGAAACCGCCGGCCCCGACGAGCGCCUCGGGCGAACAGUGAGUCGCACCGCCGUCUUCGAGCGUUUCCAAAGCGGCCGCAGAGCCCUUGCAGAAGCGAUCGCCGCGCUGCCGCAGGCCGAUGCCGUUUCGCUCCCGCUGCUGGGGCCAGAGGCCAUCGAAGCCUUGAUCGCGGACUCUCAAAGCCUGCGCUACCGCCCGGCACGACCGGUGAUCGGAGAAGGCGACAAGCGCGUCUGGCAGGACUGCGAAGUGAGCUGCGCGGUUCCCGAUGACGGCGCUCUUGCCGCCUGCGCUGCGGCGCUGGACGCCGCCUUCACCGAUGCCCUGGCACUGUUGACGCCGCCGCCCCUGACGGAAGGCUUUGCCGUCAACGAUCUCAUCGUCCAGCGCUACCCCAAAGGCUCCGGCGGGAUCACGCCCCACCGCGACCAUAUCGCCUACCGCGGCCUCAUCUCCGUCAUCACCCUGAGCGGACGCUGCCGCUUUGCGGUCUGCCGCGACCGCAGCGGGGCGGAGGCCCGGGCGGUGGCGGCGCCGCCCGGCUGGCUGGUGCUGAUGCGCGGACCAGGGCUCUAUGGCAGAACCGACCGCCCCUUUCACUUCGUCGACCGCUUCGAGACAUCCGGCCUUCGCCCAGAAACCGCCAUGCGCACCGACGACUUCGAUUUCGACCUGCCGCGCGCGCUGAUCGCCCAGCAUCCGAUCGAGCCGCGCGAGACCGCGCGCCUGCUGCAUGUGGGGCCGGUUCUGGCGGACCGGACCAUCGCCGACCUGCCCCGCCUGUUGCGCCCCGGCGACCUGCUGGUCAUCAACGACACCAAGGUGAUCCCGGCGCGGCUGACCGGCACAAGGGGCAGCAGCGGCAUCGAGGUCACCCUGCACAAGGCGGUGGACGCCGGCACCUCGGCCAGGACCUGGAAGGCUUUUGCGCGCCCGGCGCGUAAGCUCUCUGCCGGCGACCGGAUCGUUUUCGCCGAGGACUUCGGCGCCGCGGUCGCCGAAAAGGGCGAGGGCGGCGAAGUCACCCUGGUCUUCGACGAAGCGGGCAGCGACCUGCUGGCCGCGUUGGACCGCCACGGGAUCAUGCCGCUGCCGCCCUACAUCAAGCGCGACUCCGGGGGCGAUCCGCAGGACCGGGAGGACUACCAGACGGUCUUCGCGGAACGGGCCGGCGCCGUCGCCGCGCCCACCGCCGGCCUGCACUUCACCGAGAGCCUGCUGGCCGCACUCGAAGGGGCCGGGAUCGACCGGGUGGCGGUCACCCUGCAUGUCGGCGCCGGCACCUUCCUGCCGGUGAAGACAGACGACCCCGCCGCCCACCGGAUGCACAGCGAGACCGGCGAAAUCACCCGCGACGCCGCGGACAGGAUCAAUGCUGUCCGGGCCGCUGGCGGGCGCAUCGUCGCGGUCGGCACCACCGCGCUGCGCCUGCUGGAGAGCGUUGCCGCGGACGACGGCACGGUCACGCCCUUCGUCGGCGACACCGAUCUUUUCAUCCUGCCGGGCCACCGCUUCAAGGCCGUGGACCUGCUGCUGACCAACUUCCACCUGCCGCGGUCGACCCUUUUCAUGCUGGUCUGCGCUUUUGCCGGCAAGGCGCGCAUGGAGGCCGCCUACGCCCACGCCGUCGCUGAGCAGUACCGCUUCUACUCCUACGGCGAUGCCUGCCUGCUGGAGCCGGCCCGCCGCGGGCAGCUUGAGACGGCGCACGGGACGAUCAAUACGCCCGCCUUCAUGACCGUCGGCACCGCCGCCACCGUGAAGGGACUGACUCCUGACCAGGUGCGCGAAAGCGGGGCCGAGAUCCUGCUCGCCAACACCUACCACCUGAUGCUGCGCCCAGGGGCGGAGCGGGUUGCGCGCCUGGGCGGCCUGCAUCGUUUCAUGAACUGGCCGCGGCCGAUCCUGACGGAUUCCGGCGGCUACCAGGUGAUGUCGCUGCAGGAACUGCGCAAGAUCACCGAGGAGGGCGUCACCUUCCGCUCCCACCUGGAUGGCGAGCGCCACGCCCUGACGCCGGAGCGGGCGGUGGAAAUCCAGGAGCUUCUCGACGCCAACAUCACCAUGGUGCUCGACGAGUGCACGCCUUACCCGGCGACGGAGGCGGAAGCGCGCGAGUCCAUGGAGCGUUCCAUGCGCUGGGCGGCCCGCUGCCACAAGGCCUUUACCGUGCGGCCGGGCUAUGGGCUCUUCGGCAUCGUCCAGGGCGGUGUCUAUCCGGCGCUGCGGCGUGCCUCCGCCGAGGCGCUGAUCGAGAUCGGUUUCGACGGCUAUGCGGUCGGCGGGCUGGCCGUCGGCGAGGGACAGGCGGUGAUGUUCGAGGUGCUGGACGCCACGGUCCCGCAUAUGCCGGCAACCCAUCCGCGCUAUCUCAUGGGCGUCGGCAAGCCGGCGGACAUCGUCGGCGCCGUCGCCCGCGGCAUCGAUAUAUUCGACUGCGUGCUGCCGACCCGAUCGGGGCGCACCGGCCAGGCCUUCACCCGCCGCGGCAGCGUGAACAUCCGCAACGCGCGCCAUCAGGACGAUGCCCGCCCGCUGGAUCCGGACUGCCCCUGCCCGACCUGCACCAACUACUCCCGCGCCUAUCUGCACCAUCUCUUCAAGGCGAAGGAGAUGCUUGGCCCGAUCCUGCUGACCCGCCACAAUCUGGCCUAUUAUCAGGAACUCAUGGCCGGCCUGCGCCAGGCAAUCGAGGACCAGCGGCUUGACGAUUUCAUCGCGGCAAUCCGGGAGCGGGCCCUGGCGCUGGGGUUCGACGCCGUGGGCUUUGCCAGGGCGGAGGUCGCCCCCGACGCAGCCGCCGCGCUGAAGGAGUUCCUGGCGGCGGGCUAUCACGGUGAGAUGGACUGGCUGGCCCGCAAUGCGGAACGCCGCGCCAACCCGAAGGCGCUCUGGCCGGAAGCGCGCAGCGUCGUCGUUCUGGGCCAGAACUACGGCCCCGCCGAAGACCCCCUGGCGCUGCUGGACGAACCGCAGCGUGCGGCAAUCUCCGUCUACGCCCGCAACGCCGACUAUCACGACCUGAUGAAGAAGCGUCUGAAGGCCCUGGCGCGCUGGAUGCAUGAGGAUCUGGCGGCCGGAGUGAAGGUCUUCGUCGACACCGCGCCGGUGAUGGAAAAACACCUGGCGCAGGCCGGCGGCCUCGGCUGGCAGGGCAAACACAGCAACCUCGUGUCGCGCGCGCUGGGCUCCUGGCUGUUUCUCGGCGAGGUCUACACCGAUCUGGAAGUCGAAGCCGACAGGGCGGAAAGCGAUCACUGCGGAAGCUGCCGCAACUGUCUCGACAUCUGCCCUACCGACGCCUUCCCGGCCCCCUACAAACUCGACGCGCGGCGCUGCAUCUCUUACCUCACCAUCGAACACAAGGGGCCGAUCCCGCUGGAGUUCCGCAAGGCCAUGGGCAACCGCAUCUACGGCUGCGACGACUGCCUUGCCGUCUGCCCCUGGAACAAGUUCGCGCAGCCGACCCGCGAGGCCGCCUUCCUGCCCCGUGCCGAACUCACCGCGCCGCGGCUGGCCGACUUUCUCGACCUCGACGACGCCGGCUUUCGCAGGCUCUUUGCCGGCUCGCCCAUCAAGCGCAUCGGGCGCGACCGCUUCCUGCGCAAUGUGCUGAUCGCCCUUGGCAACGCCGGGAACAAGGCACCAGCAAAAGCAAUCGAGGCCCUGCUGAAUGACCCUUCCGCGCUGGUACGCGGCGCGGCGGUCUGGGCCCUGCUCUGCCUGUUGCCGCAGGAAGCCGUCGCGCGCCUGCGCAGCAGACAUGCGGCCGCCGAGAGCGACCCCGGCGUCCUCGACGAAUGGGCCCGGCUCGACUCCUGA